AUGAGAGCAGGAGUGGAAGUGAAGAAACCAACGUCUGUGAGAAAUGCUGCGCUGAGUUUUUCAAGUGGACGGACUUCCUGGAGCAUAAGAAGAACUGCACUAAAAACCCCCUGGUGCUGAUGGUUAACGAAGAUGAAACAGCUCCACCCCCUGCUGAGGAAUUCCCCGAGCCCUCGCCCGCGAGCUCUCCUAGUGACCAAGCAGAGAGUGAAGCUGCUGAAGAAGGCGUCCAGGUAGAAAGCAAUGAUAGCUCUGAGAUAAAAAACACGGAAAAGGAAGAAGAGCCAAUGGAGGUAGAAACUUCUGCAGAGAAGAGUUUCCAGAAUCAAGGCACCUCAAACACAGCUACUCCUCUACCUCAGAUCCCCGAAUCAUCUUCCAUGACAAGCUAUAACAUGCCAAACACCAGUGUCACACCAGAGACUCUGAGCACUAAAGUGGUGGUUGGGCAGUUUUCGCAGAGCGCACGGACCACUGCUUCCGCGAGCAUCAGCAGCGGGGGAACGGCUGUGGCCAUCCCCAUGAUUCUGGAGCAGCUCAUGGCCCUUCAGCAGCAGCAGAUUCACCAGCUUCAGCUCAUCGAGCAGAUCCGCAGUCAGGUGGCAAUGAUGAACCGCCAGCCGUUACGACCAUCCCUCAACCAGAUCGUGGCCGCCCAGGGUGGUCCCGGGCAGGCAUCCAAGCAACUGCAGGCCUUUGCCACCAGCGCUGCCGUCCAGCUCACUGCAGUCAUUCCUUCCGCCGUCGUGGGGCGGGCUGCCCGCAGUCAGCCCACUGCCUUUGACGGCUCUCAGCACAUCUCAAGACCUACAUCUGGAGCAAGUACGCCCAAUAUAUCCAGCAGUGGCUCUUCUGCUCUGCCUGAAUCAGGUGUACCGUCCUCCUCAAACGCAAUUACGUCCAUAACUCCCGUUCCUGCGUCAAAUGCUCCGAACAGUGCUUCGCAGCCCCAGAAUGCUUCGACUCCACCUUCAAUAGGACAUGGAAGCCUCACCUCAGUGUCCAGCCUGCCAAACCCACUUCUACCUCAGACUUCAUCAAACAGUGUGAUUUUCCCCAAUCCGCUGGUUAGCAUGGCUGCAACAGCUAAUGCCCUCGAUCCUCUGUCUGCCCUUAUGAAGCACCACAAAGGGAAGCCACCAAAUGUGUCAGUGUUUGAACCCAAGUCAAGCUCUGAGGAUCCCUUUUUUAAACAUAAAUGCCAAUCUUGUGCCAGGGUCUUUGGAAGUGACAGUACUUUACAAAUUCACCUCCGCUCGCAUACAGGCGAAAGACCUUUUAAGUGUAAAUGCGGAAAGCGCUUUUCCACGAAGGGUAACCUGAAAACUCAUUUUCAGAGACAUAAAGAGAAAUACCCUCAUAUUCAGAUGAACCCUUAUCCUGUUCCAGAAUACCUCGAUAAUGUGCCCACCUGCUCUGGAAUCCCAUAUGGGAUGUCUCUGCCCCCCGAAAAGCCGGUCACAACAUGGUUAGACAGCAAACCUGUUUUACCAACUUCCAUUGGGCUCCAGCUGCCCCCCACUAUACCUGGUGUGAACAGUUACGGAGAUUCUCCAGGUAUCACUCCUAUGAGCAGGUCACCCCAGAGGCCUUUUCCUGCCUCCAGUGAAUGCACUUCUCUAUCCCCCAGCCUCAACACUUCUGAGUCAGGGGUUCCAGCAUCUGCUGAAUCCCCACAACCUGUUCAGAGUGGCUCAUCUCUGACCAAGACAGAACCUGUCACUCUGCCUCCCACGAGCACACGGCUCGGGGACCUUUCUGCAGGUGGGCAAGUUUCUACAGCUUCCACGUCUUCAAUUCCUACUGCUGUUACAGACAGCAGCGUUGCAACAAGCCUCCCAAACCCUGUGCUUCCAGUAGUGUCUGACCAGUUUAAGGCAAAGUUUCCAUUUGGUGGUCUGCUAGACUCUAUGCAAACGUCAGAAACCUCAAAACUACAACAGCUAGUGGAGAACAUUGAUAAGAAGAUGACAGAUCCAAAUCAAUGCGUCAUUUGUCACCGUGUGCUUAGUUGUCAGAGUGCUCUCAAGAUGCAUUACAGAACACAUACAGGAGAAAGACCAUUUAAAUGCAAAAUUUGUGGACGUGCCUUUACUACAAAAGGCAAUCUAAAAACACAUUUUGGAGUUCAUCGAGCGAAGCCACCACUUAGAGUACAGCACUCGUGUCCCAUUUGUCAGAAGAAAUUUACAAAUGCGGUUGUUCUUCAGCAGCACAUUCGUAUGCAUAUGGGUGGGCAAAUUCCAAACACGCCACUACCAGAGGGCUUCCAGGACGCCAUGGACUCAGAGCUUUCCUACGAUGAAAAGAAUGUUGACACACUGAGCAACUUCGAUGAUGACAUUGAUGAAAAUUCUAUGGAAGAGGACCCAGAACUAAAGGACACAGCAAGUGACUCAUCCAAGCCCCUUAUCUCUUACUCUGGGUCAUGCCCUUCUUCACCACCUUCUGUGAUCUCUAGUAUUGCUGCUUUGGAGAAUCAAAUGAAAAUGAUUGAUUCUGUCAUGAACUGUCAGCAGCUGACCAGUUUAAAAUCCACAGAAAAUGGAUCAGGGGAAAGUGACCAUUUGAGCAAUGACUCCUCAUCUGCCCUUGGUGAUCUCAAAAGCCAGAGUGCAGGCAGCCCUGCAAUGUCAGGAUCUUCUUCCUCCAUGCAGGCUUUGUCUCCUGUAAAUAGCAAUAGUGAAAGUUUCAGAUCAAAGUCCCCUGGUCUCAGUAACCAGGAAGAGCCACAAGAAAUACAACUAAAGACAGAAAAACCAGACAGUCCACUGCCCACAACUGAAAAUGGAGGCGCAUCAGAUCUGACAUCCACCAACCCAGGAAGACCGGUCAUCAAAGAGGAGGCUCCUUUUAGUCGACUGUUCCUGAACAGAGAACGUGGUCCCAACCAAAGUACUCCUAACCUGGUCACCAGUACAGCACCUACCAUGAUCAAAAUGGAAGUGAAUGCUCACAGCAAGCCGAUCUCUUUGGGUGAGGUUCCCUCGCUUCCAGCUGGAAUCCAGGUUCCUGCUGCACCACAGACAGUGAUGAGUCCGGGGAUCACCCCUAUGCUGGCACCCCCCCCUCGCCGGACUCCCAAGCAGCACAACUGUCAGUGGUGCGGGAAGACCUUCUCCGCAGCGAGUGCACCUGCAGAUACACGAGCGCUCCCAUACUGGUGAAAAACCGUUUGAUUGCACAAUCUGUGGUAGAGCUUUUACCACAAAGGGGAAUCU